ACAGCACGGUCUUCCGGCCGCUACACUGUUUCCGGAACAGACGCGGCUGUCUCGCGUGUGUUCCCAUUUUCAUACAUGCCUGGUUAAAUCGCGUCUGCAAUAAUGAGCGAGGAAGGCGGACAGGUGGAAGACGAUGUGAAGAAGAUCGACAAGGUACCUCACUUUGUCGCACCGGCUGUACAAAACAACUCUACGGGAUGGGGUCCGUGCGAAAUGCCGGAUCAAUUCAAGGAUAUACCCUAUCAACCGUUCUCGAAGGGCGACAGGCUCGGCAAGAUAUCGGACUGGACCGGAGCCGCCUUUCAGGAUAAAAAGUUCACUAACAAAUAUGCGUCUCAGUUUGGCUCUGGCAGCCAGUACGCCUAUUAUCACGAGGAGGAUGAGUCUACUUUCCAUUUGGUGGACACGACCAGAGUGCAGAAGCCUCCGUACCAACGUGGCAGAUUCCGCCAGAAUCAGCGUAACAUGAGAGGUCGUGGUGGACAGCGAGGAGGAGUUAGUCAGAUGCAGCAGCUAGGAAGGAUUAAGCUCAGAGAACGCGAUCGAAAGGGACAGCCCAAGCGCUGGGGUCGCCAGCAAGGCUUUAGAAACCAUAAGAAUCAGCCACCGAUCAAAAUCCGUGAUGCUUCUGUUACCGUCAGGCCUGACUGGGUCACCAUUGAGGAGAUGGACUUCCCAAGAUUGACCAAGCUCUCUUUGCCUGGCGUCAAGGAUGUCGAGGACAUACUUUGCUGCGGGUCUUUGGAGUAUUACGACAAAGCUUACGACAGAGUUAACGUCAAGAAUGAAAAACCACUGCAGCGUAUCGACCGUAUAUUCCAUACUGUCACGACUACGGACGACCCGAUAAUUCGUAAAUUGUCCAAGACAGAGGGCACUGUAUACGCAACUGAUGCUAUUUUGGCUACAAUCAUGUGCUGCACCCGCAGCAAUUACUCGUGGGACAUUGUCAUUGAAAAGAUUGGAGACAAGCUGUUCUUUGACAAGAGAGACAAUACAGAAUUCGAUCUUUUGACAGUAAACGAAACAAGUGUCGAACCUCCCCAAGAUGACGGCAAUUCUCUCAAUUCUCCACGGAAUUUAGCUCUUGAAGCUACUUUUAUCAACCACAACUUCUCCCAGCAAGUUCUUAAAUCAAACGAACCGAGAUACAAGUUUGAAGAAGGUAAUCCGUUCAUCUCUGAAGAAGAGGAAGGUGAUGUUGCCAGCGUUGCUUACCGUUACAGAAAAUGGGACUUGAAUAAUGGCGUUGUGCUCAUAUGCCGUUGCGAACAUGAUGCUGUCAUGCAAGGACCAAACAACGAACUGCAGUUCUUAACUAUCAAGGCCUUGAACGAGUGGGAUUCUAAACUUGCUAACGGUGUUGAAUGGAGACAGAAAUUGGACACUCAGCGGGGUGCAGUUUUGGCUAAUGAGCUCAGAAACAAUGCCUGCAAGCUCGCCAAGUGGACGGUACAGGCUCUGCUCGCAGGAUCUGAUCAGUUGAAAUUCGGGUACGUUUCUCGUGCCAUGGUACGCGAUUCUAGUAAGCACGUUAUCCUGGGAACACAGCAGUACAAGCCGAAUGAGUUCGCGACGCAAAUUAAUCUGAACAUGGACAACGCAUGGGGUAUUCUGCGUUGCAUCAUUGAUAUUUGCAUGAAGCAAAAAGACGGGAAAUUCUUGAUCAUGAAAGAUCCGAAUAAGCCUAUGAUUCGGCUUUACGAUAUUCCCGACAAUACUUUCGAGAGUGAGGGGGAAGAGGAUGAAGAUGAUGAUGAACCAGGAAAUGACGCUUUUCAGAGUUAAUUGGAAAGUGUAACAAAUCUUCGUCACUAAUUAUCAUUUGAUCUGUCUCUGAUAGUUGUGCCACCAUUUCACCAACCUGUUGUAAUUCAAUAUCUUUAAAUUGUGUCUGAAUCGAUUCAGUAAUCUGUGUACGAAUUUAAUCAUUUGUAUUUCUUUGUAAGGGCCAAGGUUUCGUAAAGAAAUAAUAAAAAGAUCAUAAACAGACUAAA